GGACAGAUGCACGUCCUGUACCUCGGAUUGAAGCGUCGCGAGCUGCUGCUAUCGCUAGUUUGAACAAAAUGGCUGCAGAGGCACCACUAACGAAAGCCCGCUGAACGGUAGGAAUUAUCAUCGACGAUGUUUUAAUGGAUAUCUUGGAAAUACCCCCUCUCCAAAUAUUGGAUUUUGCAAGAAUUUGCUCUCUUGGAUUCCUCUAUUUGCGAACAUUUCACAGUCGCGUGCUGUAAAACAUAUUUUUUUUUGCACUUUAAAAAUGUCAGCUCAUCAAAGACAAGCCGAGAGAAGAAGCAGAGAACACGAGACCAGAACCAUUUGAUGGAAGAAAAGAAAAAGAGAAAGCAAGAAGAAAAGAAAAAGAAGGAAGCUGCUCAGAAAAAGGUCACUGAACAGAAAACCAAAGUGCCAGACUCAGCCAAGCCCGGCCCCACCCCUCCUCCCCCCGCCAACCCCAGUGCCACCCCGUCUGUGCCCCCCACCAGCAGCAGUGGCAGUAAUGGCAAGCGCGCCCCCUCCAGUGCCCAGCAGCAGUCCCAGCCCUCGCCCGCCCAACAGCGUUACCCGCCAAGAGAGAUCCCUCCGCGCUUCCGCCAGCAGGAGCACAAGCAGCUGCUGAAGAGGGGUCAGCCGCUGCCCCCUGGGACCCUUCCAACUGUACCAGGACGCCCCGAACCUGACUCGAGUCAGAAAUCCUCUGGUGCAUCGCACACAGAGCUGCCCCCACAGAGUGGCCCGGGAGCUUAUUAUGAGAAUCCCCACUGGGGACACCAGCCAGCCAAUCGGAGUGCCACUUCCGCCUCAGCGUCGGCCAAUCACAGUGGCUGGGAUACAGUGAUCAUCGACGAGAGCGACACCGAGGCCUGGCCCUCCAUUUCCCGCAGCAGCCAGAGCCAGGGCCCUGCAGGAGGAUGCCCCUCGGACACUGACCCGGCCAGCAGCAGCAGCAGUAUGAGCAUGGCCACGGGGGCCAACGGCCAGACAGGCCACUUUCCUGCCAACUACCCCAGCAGCAAAGGAGCCAGCUCUGGGCCCGGCAGCUCAGCCAAUCACCCCGGGGCAGGCACGGUCGGCAUGGCCUCCAGCCAAGGAGCAGCCAAUCGGGGCUGGGGAUCUGGUCCCGGUCCGUCCCCCCAUGGCCCUCCUCAGUCCUCCUCUGUCGGGGGUGGGGAGGGGAAGAGUGAUGGCCCAAUGGGAGGAGGAGGAGGCAGGGGUUGGGGCUCCUCUUCCUCCACCACCUCCAACUUGAACCUGAACCCCAAUGCCAACCCCUCGGCCUGGCCCGUUCUGGGGCACGACGGGGGCGGAGGAGCGGGGGCAAGCAACUCAGGGGGAGCCAACCCCAAUCAACCCCCUUCUUCUCAACCCCCUCCAAACCUCUGCGACCCGCCAGGCACCUCUCACGCCCAGGGGAACGGCAUCAGAGGAGGAAACAUGGUGGGCGGCACCAACGGCAACCUUCCGGUUGGGGGAGGCAGCACCUGGGGAGAAUCAUCUGAGCCACACCCAUCCUCAUCCACGAAUGUGUCUUUCAGCUCAGAACCUCAGAACCUUAACACUGACGGACCAAAUCAUACUAGCAAGCAACAGGAGCCCCCUAUCCACAGCGUGUCCGGCUGGAGUGGCCCCUCCGGAGGUAUGGGCUCCCUGGGCCAGCCUCCUCCUGGAGCUUCCCAGCUGGUCAAUGGAGAGGAUGGCAGCUCCGUCUGGGGCAACAAUGGAGACUCCAAGUCAGUCGCCUCCUCCGCGGAGCCUUCGGGCUGGGACUCUGGGGCCGGGGGCUGGGGGAGCCAUGGAAGCAGUGGUGGUGGAACCUCUGGAGGCUGGGGAGGCCAGAGCAGCAGAGACGCCUGGGGGAAGCAGCAUUCUGGCGAGGUCCAGGGGGGCUGGGACGCCCCCAGCUCUCCUCCCCAGCAGGCCAGAUCCUGGAGCACCCGAGCCCCUAGCACCACGGCGGCCAGCGAGGGCAGUAGCGAGGGCAUGGAUGGAGCGGGACACUCCCUCCGACAGGACCGGUCGUCCAGGGAUGAGCCUGCCCCCCUGCUCCCAGCCCCUGACCUGGACCCCAGGGUGCUGUGCAACACAGGCUGGGGCCAGACCCCCGUCCGCCAGCACACGUCCUGGGACAUGGAGGAGGCGGCACGCACCCAACGAAAGGCAGAUGCUGCCGGGACGGACUCUUGGGGAGGCUCCGGCCCCAACACUCCCACCGAGCCAGCCCAAGGGCCCUCCAACCCCAGCCACGGCCCCCCUCAUCGGGUUGACCCCAAGAGUGAGGGUCCUGGGCCUGGUCCUCAGGCUGCCCCUGGCUGGGGUGGUUCCAAGCCUCCAGCCAGCCAACCAGGCUCUGGCUGGGGUGAGCCACCGAGCAGCAAGAAUCACCCCAACGGUCCUGGGGGCUGGGGGAACCCCCCACCAGGAGGCCCCGCGUCAGGCCCCAACAUGCCCAAAGCUGGGAGCCAGUCCUGGGGUGCUCCAGAGGAGAAGUCCCCAAGCUGGGAUGGUUCCCACGGCAAGGCCCCCAAGCCCCAGGGCUGGGGAGAUGGGCCCAAGCCGCCCCACAGCGGCUGGGGCAACAGCGCUGGAGGAGGGGGCAAUGGAGGAGGGGGGGACUGGAGAGAGCCUGCAGAUGGCAAGAAGAACAGUCCCACCACCAACCCUCCCUGGGAGGGAGAAGGAGCAGGAGGCUGGAAAGAGAGUAACCGAGGCUGGGGAAAACCUGGUCCGGGGAUGGGGGGAAAUGUUGGUGGAGGCUGGGGAGAGCCAGCGAUGGCCCAGCAGCGCCCAAGUUGCCCUGCCCAAGGAUGGGGCGGCAAGCCCCAGGAGAACUCCAACGGCAAUAGCGGAGGAGUUAGAGGGAGCAUGGGCGGGGCAGGAGGUGGAGAAGGGAGCAUGGGAUCCUGGGGAGGCCCUGGCCCCAUGAAGCCCAGUGUAUCAGGCCGGGAGGGCAAUGGGGGAGGAGGAGGGAGCAAGCAGGACCCCUCAGGAGGAGAGCCCACAGGGUGGGAGGAACCUUCUCCACCCUCCAUCCGACGCAAGAUGGAGAUUGACGACGGCACCUCGGCUUGGGGCGACCCGGGUGCCUACAACAAGACGGUCAACCUCUGGGACAAGAACAACCCUGCGGGAGGAGGGCCACCCCAAGGUAGACCCCCAGGGAACGCCCCCGCAUGCCCCCCUGGAAACAACAACCACCCACCACAUCACACCUACCACGGCCCCCCACCACCCCUCCAGAGCCAUGGGGGCCACAACCCCCAGGGCCCAGGCCAGAACAGUGGGCCCAUGGACACAGCCAUGCCUCACCAGACUGCGCCUCCACCACACAGCAGACCACCCCUCAUGGGUCCAGGCUGGGGGGAGCCUUCCAGUGCCCACCCCAAACCAGAGCCCUCCUGGGGGGAGCCUGCUCCCCCUCUGGUCAGCGUGGACAACGGGACCUCCGCCUGGGGAAAACCCACCGGGAGCCAUGGGGGCUGGGGUGUGGGUGACAACAGCCCUGAACCCUACAGACGGGGCAACCCACCCCUUGGAUCUGCACCUUGCAAACCAGCCCCCAAAUCUAUGCAAGACGGCUGGGGUGGCGGAGGUGGCGGGGAGGACAUGGGUUUGUCUGGGGGCCAGUGGGACCCUGACGACGGGGACAUGUGGAGCAGCCAGGCCUCCCAGGAGAGCAACUCCUGGGGCAACAGACCCAGGAAGGCCCCACCCAAGGGGAAGAUUCCAGGCAAGCAGGAGGAAGCCUGGAUCAUGAAUCGCCUGAUCAAGCAGCUGACAGACAUGGGCUUCCCUAGAGAUCCAGCCGAGGAGGCUCUGAAGAGGAACAACAUGAACCUGGACCAGGCCAUGAGUGCUCUGUUGGAGAAGAAGACGGAGCUGGACAGGCGGGGGAUGGGCAUGUCCGACUACAACAACUGUCUGAUCAGCAAGGGGCCAAUGGGCUGCCGGCCUCCCCUCCACUCCAAAGAGUCCUCAGAUCGCUCCCCUUUCCUCGACAAGGACGGUGUUGGUAGCCUGGUGGAGGACGUCCAUACCUCCUCACCAUUUAUGCCUUGUUCCCCCGGCCCCCUCGGCCUGAAACUCCCCUCCCUGCCUCUAUCCAGCCAGGGCCUGGGCGGCCCACAGGGCCUAGCCAUGCAAAACUUGAACAACAGACAGAUGCAGAGUGGAAUGUUGGGCUGUAGCGGUGCAGCACAAGCCCGGGCCAUGCAGCAGCCUCCUCCUCAGCCGCCAGUGCCGCCUCUCGGCUCCUCCCAGCCUAGUCUACGCGCUCAAGUGCCUCAGUUUCUCUCCCCUCAGGUUCAAGCACAGCUCUUACAGUUUGCAGCAAAAAACAUUGGUCUGAAUCCUGCACUUUUAACCUCUCCAAUAAACCCUCAGCAUAUGACCCUUUUGAACCAACUAUACCAGCUGCAACUGGCGUACCAGCGUUUACAAAUUCAACAGCAGAUGUUGCAGGCGCAGCGUAAUGUUUCUGGUCCCAUCCGACAGCAGGAGCAGCACGUUGCACGUACAAUCAAUAACAUGCAGCAGCAGAUCCAACAGCACCAGAGACAGCUGGCCCAGGCCCUGCUGAUGAAGCAGCAGCAGACCCUCGGCUCCCUCUCCUCCUCCGGCCUGCACCACGGCCAAGGCAAAUCAGCCCUGGACUUGUUCCCAGGCCACCCCCAGGCUCCGGGCCUACCCGACCUGCAGACCAAAGAGCAGCAGUCGUCCCCCAACUCCUACAGCCCCUACCCUCUCUCUGGACUGAAUCCUAACAUGAAUGUAACCUGCAUAGAGGUGGGAGGCCUGUCCAUGAAGGAGCUUCCCCAGCCCCAGUCUCGCCUCUCCCAGUGGACACACCCCAACUCCAUGGACAGCCUCUCUGGAGGCUCAUCCUCUCUGGAGCCCAACCUGAACAAGCACGGUUCCAACCUGGGCCCCCCCGGGAAGCCCCCCCAAAUGGAGGAUGGGUACAGCCCCUACGGCAUGAUGCCUGUCUCCGAGUCCCCCACCAACCCCCUGGUGCCCCCAGACAGCUGGACCCAGGGCAAGAGCCCCAACGACAAGAUGGUCAACGGCGCCAACAUCACCUGGCCUCCAGAGUUCUGCCCGGGCGUGCCCUGGAAGGGCCUGCAGAACAUCGACCCGGAGAACGACCCCAACAUGACCCCGGGGAGCGUGCCCAGCGGCCCCACCAUCAACACCAACAUCCAGGACGUCAACCGCUACCUGCAGAGAGACCGCAGCGGAGGCUCCUCCCCCACCUCAUCUCAGAACGAGGCCCUGCCCCCCUCCACCGAUUGGCCAGUCAGUGCCUACUCUAGCUCGUUCAGUCUGUCGUCCCCGGAAACGGACGACCCAGGUAAAUUGUCGGACAUGAAGUCCACCUGGUCCCCGGGGCCCAUCUCCCACCCCUCCCAGGUCUCUCUGUCCCAUGAGUUGUGGAAGGUCCCCCAGGGGCCCCGCAGUAACACAGCUGCCCCCACACGGCCCCCCCCGGGCCUCACCAACCCCACCAAGCACUCCUCCACCUGGGGAGGCAACUCCCUGGGCCUGGCCCAAGGCUGGAGCAGCUCCUACUCCUCAGCAGCUACCACAUGGAGUACAGACAGCUCCAACAGGACCAGUAGCUGGUUGGUCCUGAGGAACCUCACUCCCCAGAUAGACGGCUCCACCCUGCGGACGCUAUGCAUGCAGCACGGCCCCCUCAUCACAUUCCACCUCAACCUGACCCAGGGCAACGCAUUGGUGCGCUACAACUCCAAGGAGGAGGCCGCCAAGGCCCAGAAGUCCCUGCACAUGUGCGUUCUGGGUAACACCACCAUCCUGGCAGAGUUUGCUGGGGAGGAAGAGGUCCAGCGCUUCUUUGCACAGGGCCAGCAGCUAGCCUCAACCACCAGCUGGCAGGCUGACCCAGGCGUCAAUCAGACGCGGAUGGGUGGUUCCGGGCCCAGAUCCUCGCACCCCAUUGGCCACCCCCACUGGAACUCUGGCGGCAGCAGUGGCGGCAUGGGAGGAGGUGGAGCCAAGACGGGCGGAGAUCUGCUCUGGGGGGGCGUGCCCCAGUACUCCAGCCUAUGGGGACCGCCCAGCGGAGAGGAGGGGCGGGUCAUGGGGAGUCCUACUCCAAUCAACACGCUGCUGCCUGGGGACCUGCUGAGCGGGGAGUCCAUGUAGGACCACGUCACAGAGCUCCAUGCUAGAAAAAGGAGGAAUGGAAUACUACACAGGAAUACUACACAGUACUACAUAUAUACAUGUAUACAAACAGAAGAGCAAAAACCAAGCAAAUCAAUGUGGUGAUAAUCAGUGUGGGUGGGAUGACCGAGGGACAGACUUGAGGAGGAUGAGGUGACUCUUCUGUGUCCACGCUGCUCACCCUCUUCCUAUUUUUCUGUUUGUUUAAAAAAAAAAAACAUUUCAUUUUAGAUUUGUUCGGCGAGAGGCUCUGGUUAGUGUUUUAAGUUUGGACUUUGGGAAAAGCACGAGUAUGCCUUUGACUCAACCAACAAAGGAAGAGAAACAUUUGAACUUUACUCUGAGAACUAUUUGUCAUGUGAAACGUGUGUUUUAGACUAACUGCUUCAAACAACGAGCUGCCAUCUUCAAAACUCCCAUAAUCCCUUGCUGCCUGGCAGCAAUCCACACCUCAGAGAAACCAUAGAUACACGUCAUUCCCAAAGCCCAUCCCCUUCCUGUCGGGAAGGUUCCAGAACUUUCUACCAGUCCGGAAUUUCUCUUGUUUGUUUUUUCUCAGCACUAAUUACUAGCCUUAACCUCCCCCCUGGCCUCGUUCCCCUCCUUUAUUCACUGAUUCUCACUCACUCUGUACUUACUGAAGAAAACGUACUGAGAAUUGCACACUCAUUUCUGAGCCAGCGAAAACCGAGGGGAGAGGAUGUGCUUGUAAGAGACUGAGGCCACAGCAGCUCUCAACUGGAAUCGUCGGCGGUCACAAGCACAUUAUUCAGUCCCCACCACUCUUAAAGGGAUUGAUGAUGCAAACGCAAAAGAUCUUCGCCUUGUUCAUUUUAAAGCCAUUUUUGUCAUGGAGGAGUUUUGUUUCCCCGACCCAUUCACAAAAUAAGCGAAGAGAAAUAUGACUCCAGUGUGUGAAUAUUUCCGGGGGCGUGUGUUUACAUGUGUGUGUGACCGUCUUGUUGAAGUCUAGUAACCACUGCUCUAUGGAACUGUAACAAAACACUUGUUUUGAAAUGCACCUCAACUCGUUUAAGGAUGAAUUUGUGGUCUGGUUCCCCCCAUUUCUGUGACUGUGGAAGACCUCAGUCGUUACCGUGGUCCACUAAUCUCUCCUUUACACCAACACACCAUUUCAAGUGACGUGCAAUAUAAGCCACAGACUACUCUCUACUACCGUCCACACCAAGUACUCAAAGGGUUUCUCUCACAAACCUCUCAAGAGCAGAGACAGAAUCAGCAAGGACUCUCUAUAUCCAUGUCCCCUGGGUGUGUGAGCUGGCUGGACCUACUUAUCCGUGAAACACAAGGAUAUACAACAAGCACUUGUUAUUCAGUCUUGGACUGGGUCUUUCUAAUCCAGCCUCACAGUGACGGACUAGAGGGGCACAGGGGUAAGGAAGGGGGUUUAUGGGGCAUUAUACCAAAACGAGACUUGUUCCUUAUCUACCCACAAGACGAAACCAUGCAUUUUUUUCUUUCCAUUGUUGUAUUUGGUACAAAAAGUAUGGAACAAAUAUAUAACUGCUUUAUAAAAAGAGGUGGUUUAUCAUAGCACUUAGCAAAGAGCGUCAAGCUCCUUCACUUCAAUGCCAACGAAUCAGAAGAGGAGAAGCGUGUGACACUGAAAAACUUGAGGAAAAAAACAACAACAAAAAAACAAGCAAUCUACUACAACGUGGCUUCUGUGUAACUCUUUAUGAACUGUAACACAGAUGUAAAACUAUUUUCAGUUUUCAGAUGUUUUUUUUAUUUUAAACCUUCCCUUUCUCGCUGUCUGUGUUGUGGUACCAGGAACCUUUUUGAAAUGGUAGCAAAAUGAAGGGAUGGAAAGGAAAGAAAGAAUGAAAGACUUUGGGCACUAUCGGGUGAGACCCCGAAGCACUCGCCUGUUUUCCCUUUCACUCUAUCAAAGUUAAUAUCACUGUUACAUGACUGAAAAUCUUUAGCCUUGUUGUCUGGAGACGCAACUAGAUGCUGCGGCAAUGUUCUGGAGAUGGAUUCUGCAGGGGGAUCGCCAUUUUCUCUCUGUCUCUCAACCUUUUUCACAAGCCCUGCCAACCUGUAUGAUCGUGUGGCCAUUGAGUGCCUGCCUGCUGCGGAGGGGGUGGACUUCAUAGAAGCUCCACACCAGGCCUCUGCAGCAGCUCUCACCCCACCUUCCCCUCUCCAUCCCUGGGGAGCCUCACAGACUGGUUCGCCCAGGGACCUCCCGGGCCUCUGGUGCCCAAGAGCAGCUGUCAGAACUGUCCGAUUCGUAUUAACUACUACUACUGCGCCAGCUUCUGUUGUUCAUCACCUCCACUCUAUUUCUCUCUCUAUCCCGCUCUCUGUUGUUCAUCACCUCCACUUUAUCCUCUCUCUAUCCCGCUCUCUGUUGUUCAUCACCUCCACUCUAUCCCUCUCUCUAUCCCGCUCUCUGUUGUUCAUCACCUCCACUCUACCCCUCUGUUGUUCAUCACCUCCACUCUACCCCUCUCUGUUGUUCAUCACCUCCACUCUACCCCUCUCUCUAUCCCGCUCUCUGUUGUUCAUCACCUCCACUCUACCCCUCUCUGUUGUUCAUCACCUCCACUCUACCCCUCUCUGUUGUUCAUCACCUCCACUCUACCCCUCUCUGUUGUUCAUCACCUCCACUCUACCCUCUCUGUUGUUCAUCACCUCCACUCUACCCCUCUCUGUUGUUCAUCACCUCCACUCUACCCCUCUCUGUUGUUCAUCACCUCCACUCUAUCCCUCUCUCUAUCCCGCUCUCUGUUGUUCAUCACCUCCACUCUAUCCCUCUCUCUAUCCCGCUCUCUGUUGUUCAUCACCUCCACUCUAUCCCUCUUCUGUUGUUCAUCACCUCCACUCUAUCCCUCUCUCUAUCCCGCUCUCUGUUGUUCAUCACCUCCACUCUAUCCCUCUCUCUAUCCCGCUCUCUGUUGUUCAUCACCUCCACUCUAUCCCUCUCUCUAUCCCGCUCUCUGUUGUUCAUCACCUCCACUCUAUCCCUCUCUUCUGUUGUUCAUCACCUCCACUCUAUCCCUCUCUAUCCCGCUCUCUGUUGUUCAUCACCUCCACUCUAUCCCUCUCUCUAUCCCGCUCUCUGUUGUUCAUCACCUCCACUCUAUCCCUCUCUCUUCUGUUGUUCAUCACCUCCACUCUAUCCCUCUCUCUAUCCCGCUCUCUGUUGUUCAUCACCUCCACUCUAUCCCUCUCUUCUGUUGUUCAUCACCUCCACCUCCCCUCUCUAUCCCGCUCUCUGUUGUUCAUCACCUCCACUCUAUCCCUCUCUCUAUCCCGCUCUCUGUUGUUCAUCACCUCCACUCUAUCCCUCUCUUCUGUUGUUCAUCACCUCCACUCUAUCCCUCUCUCUAUCCCGCUCUCUGUUGUUCAUCACCUCCACUCUAUCCCUCUCUCUUCUGUUGUUCAUCACCUCCACUCUAUCCCUCUCUCUUCUGUUGUUCAUCACCUCCACUCUAUCCCCUCUCUUCUGUUGUUCAUCACCUCCACUCUAUCCCUCUCUCUAUCCCUCUCUCUUCUGUUGUUCAUCACCUCCACUCUAUCCCUCUCUCUUCUGUUGUUCAUCACCUCCACUCUAUCCAUCUAUCUCUGUCUCUCAUGCAAGGAUCACUUUAGCCAGAGAUGGAGAGGUUUUUGAAUUGUGUUAAUUUUUGGGGGGUUUAAUUUUUUUGUUUUAUUAUUUUCAUUUCUGGAAAAAUCUCCAGAGUUGUUAUUUUAGUUUUUGUCAAACUUGCUGUUGUUGAUGUUUGUUUUAUGAUGAUUACAAUGAUUUUUAUGGAUGUUUUUUCAACGGCUCCAUGCAGUGUUCAGCUGCUCUCCUGUCCCCUGCUCUUACUGCUCGUAAGCAGAAGCUAAAAUACUUCUGGUUCGACGAGCACCUCAGCAAACGCAGCCCACCACAGGAAUGUUAUGGAUACGGACACUGCAGAUCUCAGUGGGGGUGGUUCAUUUGGUGUGGUUGUUGGACAGUCAGUGUUUUGGUUCAGGAGCGGACCUAAUGGUUCUAAUGUAUAGUCAGAUCAGGUGUGAGAUUGAGGGUAUCUAUCUACCCGGCCUGCUCUGCUCCCCCUCUCUCUCAGCCUCUGCUCCCCCUCUCUCUCAGCCUCUGCUCCCCCCCUCUGUCAGCCUCUGCUCCCCCUCUCUCUCAGCCUCUGCUGCCCCUCUCUCUCAGCCUCUGCUGCCCCUCUCUCUCAGCCUCUGCUGCCCCUCUCUCUCAGCCUCUGCUGCCCAGCCCACCCUCUCUCUCAGCCUCUGCUGCCCAGCCCACCCUCUCUCUCAGCCUCUGCUGCCCAGCCCACCCUCUCUCUCAGCCUCUGCUGCCCAGCCCACCCUCUCUCUCAGCCUCUGCUGCCCAGCCCACCCUCUCUCCCUUCCCAUCCCCAUGUUGUCCGCUCCCACACACACACAUCCUCCACUCCAGUCAGGCCUCACUCACACUGGUGCUUUAUUUUCCAUAGGCUGUCUAGGAGCUUUCUGGCAGAAUGAAAAGACAGACUCCUAACCACUAUCCCUCUCCGUCACCCUGAAUACCAAUAAAACUGACGCAGCACUCGAUUUCUAUGCAAAGACAGAGGUUCGCGCUCAGAACCAUCAACCAUCAGUCCACCAACCAUCUGCCAAUUGUCUAACCCUCUCCUUUCCACCCCCCUGGCAUUUUUUCUUACCAGCCAGCACUGGGCAGACUCCCAACUACCCUCCCCACUGUCCCAUCACUGUGGUGUGUUUGUAAUUCAGUCUCACUGAUAUCCCUCAUACAUACACGCCUCAGGAGGACCACUAAGUGGACUCUGCUUUCCCCUGUUGGCGCUCUAGCAUUGUGUAAAGUACAUCUGUAAAGUACAGUUCUUCAUUGUGAUGAUUUCAAGAGCUUUUAGGUAACACUAAUAAUGACCUGCUGAGUGGUAUGAGAAGUAUGAGUGGUGGGGAUGGGGGUUUCUGGGAGUCCUUCCUCAUGUGUCAUGUGCCAACUGGACUAAAAUAUAUACUUCAGCCCUGCCAUUUCCCAUUGAGUUGUCUCUGCUGUCAAAUGAGCCUUCAAUUCCCAAGAUUCAGUCGUUUUGAGACUACAUUUCCUCCUAAAUCCUAGACUUAAAGGCACAUGGGUCAUGGAGGAAUGUGGGGUGGGAGGAGGGGGUAAUAUUUGGGCCAGGACAUAUGAGGCAGUCCCUUGUCCCAGCUAUCAAAAGAAAACAGACAGUCUUGUGUAUACUGUUGAUGGGUCACAUUGGGUACACCUUUUAUAAAACCAAAAACAUGUUAUCUUUUUUUUUGGGGGGGGGGACAAAAAGUAGAAACUAAAGUACAAAAAAAAGUGUUUAAAAAAAGUCCUACGGUAUGUUUUUUGCUGUGCACUCCUUGGCUGAGAGGCCUCGUUCUGUCUCUGCAAGCCUUUCCCCCCAACUGUGGCCCUCUGACUGGGGCUUUCUUCUGGAACACUGUGUUGAUGCUGUUCGUUUCUGACCUCCAGCCUCGAGUGCACCACCCACAGAACAUUGCCCCAGAUCUGGAUUUUUGGGUUAGGGUCCAGGUGGGGCCCACCGUAUCAGCAGGGCCAGGACACACCUCACAGUUUUGUUGUUCGGUACCAAGUCUUAAAAGGGGAAAGGCCUCUUCCAAGAGUUGUUUUUCGUACUCGUCAUUGUCGUGUGACAUUAGCAACAAUCACUAAUUGCCUAUUUCUGAAAAACCUGAAUUGUUUUGCUCCACGCUGGGCUCUCGAGGCUACAGACUGGAAUAGGGUCACAAAAAAAGGGAUUGGGGGGUCAAGUCUCAGAGGCGUCCCAGGAUUCUCUGUGCAGCACGAGCACUGAGAGCCCCCCUGUCACUCUACCCACCCCUACCCCACCUUAUUGACCCACCAAUAUACACCAUGGAUGACUGGUGUAGGAAGUCAAGAGAAUCUCCCUUUUUAAAUCACUCAAAGGCAACUGGAGUUUAAGCAAAGUAUGCUUCUCAAUCAUGGACCAGAGUAGGUUCUGGGGACCCCAUUUCAAGAGGAAAACAAAUCUUUGUCAAGGGCCUGGGUUGAAUAUGCACAUGCUAGUUUAUAUACAUGUAUACAUCCAAGUGUGUAUAUGUAUACAGCUAGGUUUCUCUUUCCACUUUACCCUAAACCCGCUCUCUGCCCCAGGUCCAACCUUACCCCUAUGUAUUCUCCUUCUCUGUAUAUUUACCAGAAGAUAAAUAUCAUAUUAACAUAUCAGAGUAAUACAAAAAUAAAGAAUACAAAUACUUGAAUCAAAAGAAGCGCCAAUAUUGUAAUGUGAAGACUUUGUAAUAAUUUUGUCUCAUUCAUACACUUCCUGGAUAUUUGAGAAUAUCUGUUCUGAGUGAACUAAAUUAGAAAAAUGAGGAUUGUUAAAAACAAAGAUUGGUUAAAGGCUAAAUGACAUCUGUUGUAUCUGAGUGUUUGCACAAGGUUGCCUGUACUGUAUGGUUCAUGGGUGGGUGGAUGGAUGUGUCUGUUUGACAGACUGUGUGUAUGAGGUUUCAAACGAUUGUGAGCCUGUGAUUUACAGCGGGAAUUAUCUUGCUUUUUCAUUUGAUUUCUAUUCAGUAUAUUAGUUUUAUGUUUUAUUUUUGGCUUAUCAAAGUAUAUUGUGAUGUUUAUUGUUAUUAGACUCUAGCGUUGCACUGAGUGUCAGCCCUCCCCUCAAGCUAAUCGAACAACGCCAGAUAAAAUACUGGGGGCAGACGGCGACUUCACGUGUAAAUGUUUACUCAAGGACUUAAGAAAAUAAGUGUUUUUAAUCUGUAAUAUGUUUAUAUACCUUGUAGUGGCUUUCAUUGUGGAAUAAUCCAAGAAAAAAUAUGGAUUAUUAAGUAUUGCACCAUUUUUUUCAGAUUAUAAACUUAAAAAGUAUACAAAAGCAACAAAAAAAAACAAAUAUUGAAAAAAGUUACAAAAAAAGUAUUUUUGAAGACCUGUGGCCAUAGAGUUUGGGUAGAGAGACUUGUAGCUCUCCCUGUCUAUUCAGGGAGAAACCGAAGGACAAGACAUCAGAAGGAGGGUUGAUUACAAGGCUCACUUCAGAGGUGCCUACCUUUUUGGUUUGUUAGCUUUUGUUCAGUUUCAUUUUUGUUAAAAUCUCAUGCGUUAUGUUUCUGCUUGUUUUCUGCAAGGCCACUGACGGUUUACAACCAUUUUUGUUUGUCUGAAGUUCGAGGAAAAUGAAUUAACUGUAUGAAAAUGUUGGAAAAACAAAAGAAAAGGACAUACUUCCAUUUUUAAAAUGAAUAACAAAAACACUUUACAGAAUGAGGAUUUUAAUAUUGUGCUACUUUCAGAACUCUGGGAUCCAACAGUGUUGUCAUGUUAUAUUUGACCUUUGACAUCUUUGUUCUAUGUUGAUUUCAUGGACUAUCUAAAGCCUGUGCAUUUUUAUUAAAUGUUUCCUUUGUAAAAAAACAACAAAAAAACAUAAUUGCUCACUAUCUUGCACAUAAAGUGGAUCUUGUCUCAGGAAGGCCAGGGUUCCAGAGUUCCAACUCCACUCCAUUUUAAUGUACGAAGAACAAAAAAUGAUUUUAAAAAAUGAAGCACUGAAAAACUUAUGAAUUUCAGAAAGAGAGAAAAUAUCCUUUGUUUUUAAAUCCGUAGCAGUUUUACAGUGCCUUCAGAAAGUAUUCACACCCCUUGACUUUUACCAAAUGUUGUUGUUAUAGCCUGAAUUUAAAAUGUAUUAAAUGUAGAUUUUUUUGGUCACUGGCCUACACACAAUACCCCAUAACGUCAAAGUGGAAUUAUGAUUUUCUACAUUUCUAAAUUCAAUAAGUAUUCAACCCCUUUGUUAUGGAAAGCCUAAAUACAUUCAGGAGUAAAAAUGUGCUAAAGUCACACAAGUUGCAUGGGCUCUGUGUGCAGUAAUAGUGUUUAACAUGAUUUUUGAAUGACGACCUCAUCUUUGUACCCCAAACAUACAAUUAUCUUUAGUCAGCAGUAAAUUUCAACCAUAAAGACCAGGGAGGUUUUCCAAUUCCUCGCAAAGAAGGCCACCUAUUGGUAGAUGGGUAAAAAAAAAAAAAAAACAGGCAUAGAAUAUCCCUUUGAGCAUGGUGGUUAUUAAUUACACUUUGGAUAGUGUCUCAAUGCACCCAGUCACUACAGAGAUACAGGCAUCCUUCCUAACUGCGUUGCCGGAGAGGAAGGAAACUGCUCAGGGAUUUCACCAUGAGGACAAUGGAGACAUUAAAACAGUUACAGAGUAUAGUGGCUAUGAUAGGAGAAAACUGAGGAUGGAUCACUAACAUUGUAGUUACUUCACAAUACUAACCUCAUUGACAGGGUGAAAAGAAGGAAGCCUGUAUAGAAUAAAACAUAUUCUGAAACAUGUAUCAUGUUUGCCACAAGGCACUAAAGUAAUACUUCAAAAAAUGUGGCAAAGCAAUAAACUUUUUGUCCUGAAUACAAAGUGUUAUGUUUGAGAGUACCACCCUCCAUAUUUUCAAGCAGUGAUGGCUGCAUCUUGUUAUGGGUAUGCUUGUAAUUGUUAAAAUCCUAUAGGAAAACCUUGUUCAGUCUGCUUUCCACUAGACUAGACACUGGGAGAGGAAUUGACCUUUCAGCAGGACAAUAACCUAAAACACGAGGCCAAAUCUACGCUGGAGUUGCAUACCGUGAAUGUUCCAGAGUGGCCCAGUUAGUUUUGACUUAAAUCUGCUUGAAUGGCAAGACCUAAAAAUGGUUGUCUAACAUUGGUCAACAAACAAUUUGACAGAGCUUGAAGGAUUCUAAAAAGAAUAAUGGACAAAUGUUGCACAAUCCAGGUGUGGAAAGAGACUUUCUCAGACUCAAAUGUGAUUCUAGCAUGUAUUGACUCAGGGGGUUGAAUACUUAUCUAAUCAAGAUAUAUUCGUGUUUUAUUUUUCAUGAAUUUUGCACAAAUAUUAGAUUUUUUCUUACACUUUGAAAUGAGAGAAUUGUGUAUAUCAUUGCCAAAAAAUUCCCACUAAGUAACAACAAAAUGUGGAAAAUGUCAAGGGUGUGAAUACUUUAUGAAGGCACUGUACAUAUUAACCAAAUAAUGGGCUUUAAAUGAACUUACAAAAAAUGGAGUGCUUUAUAUACAUUUUUAUUAAAAUUGCUUUACAUUUAAAAACAAAAUUAUCAUUUGAUUUUGAUUGUUACAAAAAAAUGACCGUGAAAGAACAUGCAAAAUCUGUAUGUUUUGAAUCUUUAUUGUAUUUUCUUAGAAGUCCUGUCCUGACUGAAUAAGGACCAUUGUGCAUUACUCUCUUUCCUCUGUCAUUCUCUCUUAUGUCUGGUAUUAAAGAACAGGGAAAAUAACUGA